CACGGUGGGUUGGGAAAAGAGUAAGGGUUACUGCACUUUAACAAAAAGUCGCCAGGUGUCAGCCACGCAUGGUCAUGUCGGUAUUGGAAUGCGCGACUCGUUUUACUCUAAGUAAAAGCUAAGCAACUUGCUGUCGGCGAACCAGCUGCUACUUUCCGUCCAAAAAUGUUACACAACUGCUGAAAUAUUGCAUAACCUCAGUUUUUCAAGACGCAUAGUCACAAGACAGUCCGGAGACCUUCCCAGACGACGUCUUGGCUUUAUCCUGGACAGUUCCUUCUAUCUUGAGAAAGAUGAGCGCUGAGAUUGUGAAGAAGAUCGCAGUGAACCUGGUUAAAGACGUGAAGACAGGACAGACAGUUCCUCUGGGGUCGGUAUGGGAAAGUCAAGCGUGUGUCCUGUUGUUCCUGCGGAGGUUUGGUUGCCAGGUUUGCCGCUGGACGGCCUCGGAGCUCAGCAAACUCAAACCUCAGCUGGACGCAGCAGGCGUGACCUUGGCAGGGGUCGGACCUGAAGAUGUGGGGGUGGAGGAAUUUGUGCAGGGGAAAUUCUUCGCUGGAGAUCUAUAUGUAGAUGAGACCAAGCAGUGUUACAAAGACCUCGGGUACAGAAGAUACAAUGCACUCAAUGUCAUUCCUGCUGCAGCGUCGAAAAAGUCUCGCGAAGUCAUCAGUAAGGCAAAAUCAGAAGGAAUUCCUGGGAACUUCAAGGGUGACCUGUUGCAAGCAGGAGGUACUCUUAUAGUCAGUGCAGGAGGAGAGAAGGUCUUGUUGAACUUUGUGCAGGACUCUCCAGGCGACCAUGUAGAACUACAGGAGGUGCUGAAGUUACUGGGACUGGAGGGGAAGGUACAGGCCAGUGCACAGCCAAAGUGUGAUGACACCAUGUGCACUAUGUGAAGAAGAGCCCGAUUGGCUACUAGAGAAGCCCUCUGACACUGAUGGUCACUCAAAAACCUGACAUAUGUCAUAUUCAGAAUUUCAUACAAAAAA